CGUCCGUUAGCGUAAUUAAUAACCGAUUCCUUCUUCACCCACUCUUCUCCUCCUUCUUGUCUCUCUCUACCUCCAAAGAUCUUUUCUUGUAACCUUUGAACUUUCAAAUGGACAUUAAAAAGCCGAUUUUUAAUAAAAAAGAAAAUAUCAAAGCCGUUUUCUCGGGAAAUUUAAUAACUUCCCGUUUUAGAAAACUCAGAGACACAUUUGUGGUGCUCGUCUGAGAGGAUUUUGGAAGAUGGGUAAUAGAGUAAUCUGUAUGAAGAAGAAAGAUGUUGCCAUCAGAACAGGAGGAGGAGGAGGAGGAGGAGAUGGAUCUAGAAGCAAGAGAGUAAGUCGUUCUCAAAGGAAACUGCUUGGUGAUGAAGAGAUGUUGCAUCGACGAGCUUUGUCCAUGGCUAUUCAUCAAGCUCAGCUUUCUCAGAGAUUCGAUGGGUCCGUUUCUAGACGUGUCGGGUCUACUAGCUCCAGAAGACAAACUCUCUCUGACCCUUUUUCAAAUAACAAGCAGGUACCUGAUCUUGUGGAGAGCUUGGCGGUUAAGAAAGUCGUUCUUGUACAUGGUGAAGGGUUUGGGGCUUGGUGUUGGUACAAAACUGUUGCUUCAUUGGAAGAGUGUGGACUAUCUCCUGUUACAGUUGACCUUGCUGGAUCUGGAUUUAGUAUGGCUGACCCAAAUAGUGUUUCCACUUUAGAAGAAUAUUCAAAACCAUUGAUCAAGCUUCUUCAAAAUCUUCCAGAGGAAGAAAAGGUGAUUCUGGUAGGUCACAGUACAGGAGGUGCAUGUAUUUCGUAUGCGUUAGAGCUGUUUCCUGAAAAAAUCUCAAAAGCUGUAUUCAUAUGUGCCACUAUGGUUUCUGAUGGACAAAGACCCUUCGAUGUCUAUGCUGAUCAGCUUGGUUCUGCAGAACGGUUCAUGAAAGAGUCGCAGUUCUUGAUCCAUCGAAAUGGAAAGGACAAGCCCGCAACGGGGUUCACUUUUGAAAAGCAACACAUGAAAAGCUUGUACUUCAAUCAGUCACCCAAUAAGGACAUAGCAUUGUCGAUGAUUUCAAUGCGAGCAGUACCAUUGGGUCCAAUGAUGGAGAAACUGUCGCUGAGUGCAGAAAGAUAUGGGAAAAGUCGGAGAUUCUAUGUUCAGACGCUUGAUGACUUUGCUCUCUCACCAGACGUUCAGGAGAAACUUGUGAGAGAGAAUAGUCCCGAAGGAGUUUAUAAGAUCAAAGGAAGUGAUCAUUGUCCUUUCUUCUCUAAACCUCAGUCUCUUCACAAGAUCCUUCUUGAGAUCGCUCAGAUUCCUUAAAAGAGAGUUAGAUCUUUAAUUCACUCGACCAUGUAUAAUUAUUUUUUUUGCUAAAGAGAUCAUGUAUAAUACUUUACAUUUGUCAACUUCUAAACU